CCCGAGCGAUCUCCCGAUCGUCUGAUUGCGUGCUGGAACGACAGGUACCGAGGUACGGCCAGAGUUAGUAGUGGAUUAGCCGCAACGGGAGCAGCAACGACGGCGGUGAAACGACGGAACGAGACGAAACGAAAAGAAACGAGGGAAUAGGUAUGAUCAGUGAAGUUGACGUCGCAAGACUUGAUCUAACGAAUAAAAAUAACGUCGUCGCUCGUCCUGACUAUCAUCCCCGGGGAACGGUCGUUGCCGAGUGAAGAGCGAAAACCGAUCGAGAGGAUCUCCUCGCGCAAACGCUGGCUGCUCCACGGAAUAUGUACGCGACGGAGGUGGGCGAGGGCCGUGCGAAAAAGUGGCGAAAACUGUGAGAGAGGUGCAGUGCCUCCACGUCGGUGGCAGUGGCGGUGUUGGUAGUAGUCGUGCUAGUGGUGUGGUGGUCCUGGCGUUGGUGGUGGUGGCGGUGUGGCAUUGCUGGUGCUAGCUCCGUGUGUAUGCGUGCGUGUAUCGGUUGGAGACGCACUUCGACGGGGCUGUGGUUCGACUCUCUCGCUCCUUUCUGUCGCCCUGUCUCGUUCCCUCUUUCUGUCGAGCCCCUCUGUUCUGCGCGACGAUCCUCUCUGUCGCUCUUACGGAGGCCAUCGUACCGAAAGCGACCGAGCCAGGCCAGCCGCUACGCAAGAUGGCUGUAUGUCGCUAACGAGAGGCCGACAAACCAGACGGGGAAGACGACCCGGGGAUAAACGGAACAUGCUGCUACGUGAUCGUUGGGCCCGUCCCUGAACAGAGAGACACUGGCCAAAGAAGCGAGAGCUCGCUCGAAGAGUGUCAACGCGCGAGGAAACCUGAUAUUCGGUAGAUGCCUUUUGAGAGCCGCUGGCCCGAAUCAGCGUGGAACCAUACAAAGGCGCACGGAAUGUGUGACAUGUUCAUCCAAACACAGCAGACGAGCAGCGUCAACGGCAGCAGCAGCAGCAGCAGCAGCAGCAGCAGCAGUAACAACACCGUUCACCACCACAGCAAGAAACGCAAAUUGGAGUACAACGUGAGCCAGCCGGUGAUCCAGGACGCACUGGUCCAGUCGACCGGCGACUACCAAUUAGACAAUACCGGGCUGCAACAACGGUACUCCGUGAACGGUGCUAAUACCGCGUUUAGCUCGCUGCACAACAAUAAUGCGCUGCAGAAGAGUAGCCCGAACCAACAGACCCUGGUACGAGCCUCGACGAUCAAGCUCUUAGACACGUACCAACGCUGUGCCGGCCAGAAGAGAAAAACUUGGUCGAGGGAGGGUAAUGGUGACGGCCUGGCAGUCCACUCCGCCAACGCGACCAACGCGGUGGGUAGUACUGUAGUGUCGUCCCAGCACCAUAAUCAACAACAGCAGCUGCAACAACAACAGCAGCAACAGCAACAACAGCACAAGCAGACAGGCAUGACGGCACAUAGCAAGCAGGUGACUAACGCUGCCAAUGGAGGCGGCGGUGGCGGCGGAAGCAACCCUCAAGGAGACGGAGAUUACCAGCUGGUCCAGCAUGAAGUUCUUUAUUCAAUGACUAAUCAAUAUGAGGUCCUUGAGUUUUUGGGCAGAGGUACCUUCGGACAGGUCGUGAAGUGCUGGAAAAAGGGAACCAAUGAAAUAGUAGCCAUCAAAAUUUUGAAGAACCAUCCAUCGUAUGCGCGCCAAGGGCAGAUUGAGGUCUCCAUCCUGUCUCGACUCAGUCAGGAAAACGCGGAUGAGUUCAACUUUGUGCGCGCUUACGAGUGCUUCCAGCAUAAGUCCCAUACCUGCUUGGUCUUUGAGAUGCUCGAGCAAAAUCUUUACGAUUUCCUGAAACAGAAUAAAUUCUCACCCUUGCCGCUUAAAUACAUUAGGCCGAUUCUCCAACAAGUACUCACCGCCCUUUUGAAGCUCAAGCAAUUGGGGUUGAUUCACGCCGAUCUUAAACCAGAGAACAUCAUGCUGGUGGAUCCAGUACGUCAGCCCUAUCGUGUGAAAGUUAUUGAUUUUGGGUCAGCCUCCCAUGUGUCGAAAGCUGUCUGCAACACGUAUCUGCAAUCGCGAUACUACCGUGCACCCGAAAUUAUACUUGGACUUCCGUAUUGUGAAGCGAUAGAUAUGUGGUCGCUCGGCUGUGUGGUCGCGGAAUUGUUUUUAGGAUGGCCUCUAUAUCCCGGUAGUUCAGAAUACGAUCAAAUUCGAUACAUCAGCCAGACGCAAGGCCUACCAACCGAACACAUGCUAAAUAAUGCUAGCAAGACAACAAAAUUCUUUUAUAGGGACAUGAAUAGCACAUAUCCGUUUUGGCGAUUGAAAACACCGGAAGAGCAUGAGACCGAAACUGGUAUCAAAUCGAAGGAGGCGAGAAAGUAUAUUUUUAAUUGCAUCGAUGACAUCGGACAAGUUAAUGUUCCGACCGACUUGGACGGUGGUCAACUGUUGGCUGAGAAAGCAGAUAGGAGAGAGUUCAUCGACCUCUUGAAGAGGAUGCUCACAAUGGACCAGGUAGAGCGCCGCAUAACACCCGGGGAGGCUCUGAAUCAUGCCUUUGUAACGCUGGCUCAUUUGGUCGAUUAUGCACACUGUAACAACGUUAAAGCUUCCGUCCAAAUGAUGGAGGUUUGUCGGCGAGCCGGUGACUUUACUGCGAGUCCGGCGCAUCACCAAGCUCCUCCAGCACCUCAACCACCUCAGCCAACGUCGCUGGUAGCUAACUUCGUCCCGACGACGAACGGCAGUGCCGUGACCUUCACCUUCAACAACCAACUGACCAAUCAAGUACAACGAUUGGUCAGGGAACAUCGCACUGCGCAAACGGGAUACGAUAAUCUGUAUCAAAUAUACAGUAACAGCAGUCGUCGCGCGACGCAGUAUAGUAGCUCGUCUAAUGGCUCAAACAGUGGACGAAGCGGAGUGCAUGAUUUUCCGCACCAACUGGUGCCAGGUUUACUUUGCCAUCCAUCCAGUUAUCAGACGAUGCCCAGUCCCGCGAAACACGUAGUCGUUGCUCAGCCUCCACAAGCGCAGCAAGGUCCGCUACAAAUUCAACCAUCGAUCAUAUCGCAGCAGGCUGUUGCUGCCGCGGCCGCGGCUGCUCAGCAACAGUACGCAGCGGUUCCUGUGUCCAUGGUGGAGACUGGGCGACAAAUGUUGUUAACGAACGCUGUGCAGACCUCUUGGCCUGGUGGAAGUCGUCAGAUGGCCGCGAUUGUACCAUCGUGGCAGCAAUUGCCACCGCAACACGCAGCCAUACAACAACCGUUACUGAGCGACGCUGGAGAUUGGGGGAGACCUCUUAUCGUUGAUAGCUCAGCUAUCCUGCAGGAUCAGCGGCCGGUGUUUCCUGUCACAGAAGUUUACAAUACUAGCGCCCUUGUCGAGCAUCCGCCGGGUUGGGGCAAACGCAGUGUGACCAAGCAUCAUCAGCAUCACGUGACGGUGCCUCAACAGUCUCAGCACAGGCACGAGCAUAAGAAGGAGACGCAACAGUUGAGCCCGGUGAAAAAGAGAGUAAAGGAGAGCACGCCUCCGAGCAACAUGAGACGGCACUCGCCCUCGAGUGGUCAUUGGCAACAACAACCUAUGCAGCAACAUCAUCAUGGCAGCAAACACAGCAGUAAUCACAAUGUAGAGCACCAUCAGGUCACAUCCGGUCGGCAACAAACCAUCACCAUUCAUGACACACCGUCGCCGGCCGUUUCCGUGAUCACGAUCAGUGAUAGCGAGGACGAAACACCGGGCAAAUGCUGUGGGGAUCGGCAAUGUGGAGCCUGUCAAAAUUUGGCAACUCGCCUGUCUGGCGAUGGACGACCAGUCCGCGAGGAAGUCAUACGAAGCACCCAGUCCACGCCGCGCGUGGUUCAACCUAUGCAACAGACCCACUCGAGUAGCCAGUCCCAUACAAACGGACACGUGACGACUCACAGCACAUCGCAGAGGACGUCGCAGCGGAAAAAUAUUAUCAGUUGCGUGACCGUUGGUGACAGCGACGGAGAAGCCAGUCCGGGCCGGGCCCACAAUCACCUUUACCAACAUUUACCGCAACAUACUCAGCAUCAGCAAACCACGCAACUAAUUAAACACGAGCCACAGCAACAACAUCAUGUCAGCAGCAGCUCUGGCUACUCCUCCCAAUCGCAAAAGAAACGAUUAUUGGCGAAAGUACAGUCUGAAUGCAAUAUGGUGAACGUUGCGACGAAACCGGAACCCGGCGUCGAGUACCUCGCACCACAUCCGUGUCACGCGCCAACUUGCAAGGAGCCACCGACCUAUCAGGAUGAUGCCUAUGACAUGCAUGACUACUUCUUGCAGUAUGUGACCACAAGUAGCGCGCAUCCUCAUCUUCAAGAGCAGCACAUCGUGUAUACGACCGGCACGGACAAGCGAGUAUCGUGGCCCGGAAAGAGAGCGGAGUACAAGCACGAGUACAUCCAACCACCGGCUGCUCAUUCCAGAGAUCAUCAGAAAUGGGCGGUGGCGAAUUCUGUGCACCAAUACAGGCAGAGCCAGGUGGUGGGUACGGCAGCCCAUCCGGGUCAUACCCACAGUCAUCAUGGGCAUCCGGCCCACCUUAGUCCUGGGGGCGGUGGCGGGGGCAGAAGUCCUGCGGGUGGGCCUGUGAUAGGAAGUGCACAGCACCUGGGGCAACCCCUAUACCAAGAGUACGCUCACGUGCGUUCAAGGGCCCACGCCGUGCCACGCCCGGUGUACGUUACCGCCGCGCCUUCUCAGGCUCCUACUGCUAUCCAGCAGCAACAAGUGCCCACCUAUCAGGGAUUCACACCCGGGUGGGUACCUAGACACCUAGUUGAUGCAUGCAUCUCGUCUCCAUUAACGUUGUAUGAUUCUAGUCGAGCGUUGCCACCACCAGCUCAUCACAGCUCAGCAAGACCGUUGCUAGCAAGUCAUGCAGCGCAUCCACUGCCUGCACAUAUGCAGCCAACAGCAGUUUACGGAUUGGCCCCGCUUUCACCGGCCAAACAUCAAUAUCAACCUUCUGGUUUGUGGUUCACCGAGUAAAUUAUUCCUUUGGUUAGUUUCCGAGAAAAAAUUAGACGGCGUACGCGUAAUACAAUUUUUCGCUGUGGCUCUACUCUUUCUUUUUAAACUUCACUCGUGCUGAUCGAGCGAAAGGAAACAGAAAGAACCCUUUGUCGUUGUUGUACUCCCGAUUCAUUCCCGUGAACGUGUUUUUUUUACUAGUGAACGAGGGGGGUAUUUCGCGAUACUAUUUGAAAACACCGAAUAAAUACACUAAGCUUUAUAUAUUAUACAUAUAUACAUGCGGAAAUAAAAUUUUACGACUGACGAGGACUCGACGGAGUCCCGAGAGGCAAGACGUUCUCCAACUUAACUUUUUGACAAUCCGUCCUUAAACAGCGAUCGCCCUCUUCGAACUGCCUGUCUGUGUUGUUGCAAAAAUAAGUAAAUGUUGUGUCUAUGCAGUUUCGAUUGUGAAAAGUAUAAAUUGUGGAUCGGAUCCCUUCGCGUUACGUCCUGACGCAUCCAUUAGCGCGUUCGUCGUAUGUCCAUCGUGAAACGUGCUGCUCUUUUUCCUUUUGCCCGAUCGAACGAAAAAUUGUAUAUGCCGAUUAAACUUGAGAACAGAUGAAAGUAACGAAAGGAAAUGGGAGCCCUUCGGCGUCCCUUGUUCUUCGCGUUCGCGCAAUCGUUUUCUCAGUGAACCAUCGCUUCGAUGAUUUGUAUUAUUUUUUCUCAAACAUCGUUUUGGUGAUCGACGUACAAUUUUUGUCCGACUUAGACGGCGCAUAUGUUGUAUAUGCAUGGACGGUAUAUAUACGUUAUAUACCCGACGUGUUUCCUUUUGUAUGUUUCUAAGCAAUAACGUUCGCCGCGCCAAAGAGAAAUUUUACGGGAUCAUAUGGGAGAAGCAAAAAAGAAAGACAAGCCGUUCUGAUUUGUGACGGUGAUCUUGUAUCGUGAGUUAAAUUAUGCGCGGUUUAAGCAGGUGAAAAAAAUGAUUGAUAAUUUGACAGAACUGUUUCGCCUCGAUUCGAGGCAAUCUACCGAAUUAUCAUUCUAUCAGCGCUAACAGGAAUAAGUUUGCAUUUCUUUGUGGUAGAACAUGUACAUUAUAUAUUAUGUACGGUUUUUAAUUCUCGUUAAUGAAUGGUGGUCUUAGCGCGACAGAAUCCACAGCUAUUUCGCUGGAAAUUAUUUGUUGUCGAGCGUGACACAACGCGUUGAUACGUAUGUUUUGAGCGUUCUCCUUCGAACGGGUUCGUCAAAGACGAUGCCCCUUCUCAAUUUCGAAAAGAGAGUUUGAUUGUUUGACACGCAUAUUACACACGACACAACAGGCGGCACAUUGUUUCGUCGUGACGAUGUACCCCGAAGAAGUUUCAUACGAUGGAUUUAUUUCUAGGAUUACAUUUCGGAGAAUGUCGGUAUACGAAAAGAUUGUCUGAGUUUAGAAUCGAUUUCAUCUAGAUUGAUUCGAAACGAAAUAUUAUACGUAAUAUAGUUGAUCGCACGGUUAAACGUUGUAUUUGACAAGAGCUGUGCCUCCCCGCAGCAGCGUCACUAUUUAUUUUUACAUAAUUAUUCUGUUAUCGCUCUCGUAACUAUUGCUAUUAAUUACCAUUAAUACUACUAUUAUUAGUAUUACGAUUUAGGCAUCACUGAUUUUUAUGAUAAUCACACUUAUUAGUAGUGCUUGGAUUUUUGUAGAUAGGAACCUUGCAUUCAUUCGUUUGGUUCGCUUCAAAUGAAAUUUGAACGUGACUCUCGCAACUUUAUUAUUAACACACAUUCAUCUUAUUUCAUCGAUCAUUUCUCGUACAUCUUUUUGCAUUUCACCCAGUGUCGUAGAGUAUCGAAUAAUGUACGUGUCGGAUACAUUGCACAAAUCUGCGAUACACCCUUAUACGACAAGGGAACCAGUACAUUUGUAGUAUUCCAUGAAAUUGCGUUCAGAAAGAGAUAAGUGAAGAACGGAAUUGCGAGACUCGAUGAGUCUCUCCGUGUCUAUCACAAUGUCGGAUUGCACACAUUUUUUCUUCAUUGUUCGUUCGAUUACUAUGAGCGCGUCGACCGAACUUUCUUUCAGCAAUACCCAAAUUUCUCAUCGAAUCAUGUUCUUCCUUCCGACACUUUUUCACGUCAGUAUAGAGAAAGCAGUUUCAUAACAUUUGUGAGAAACAAGAAAAAAUACAUAUAUUCCUCGGUCGGGGGAUGCAUUCGACGUGCAUGUGCAUGCCCAAAUCGUCGAUUUGUACAUAAUUAUUAUACAAUUGUUAGCGAGCAGCUCUCUUCCUACGUUUUUUGAUGUUCAAACCAAUGAAGUAAGGGGUAGAUCUGCACGCACGACAUUCUACGGCUCGUGGCACAGUUUUAAACGGUGGUAAGGGGUCUCCCUACGUGCUGACAUGUAUAUCUCGUGGUUUUUAAUGGAAUGACGCUUAGGCAUUGUUUUGCUAAUUAUUUUAUAUACGUAGCUGUACGAUAACGUAACAGAGGUAUUAGCUGUGGUACAUUGAUUAAAGUGAUCCAUGUUCAGAGUUUAAUCCUUCCGCUACCCUGGACGAGAUAUCUCACCACCCGGUGCUGAUCGAUUAAGGCUUUUGACGAGAUAUCUCGCGGUCCGGUGCUGUCCGAUUACCGCUUUUGACGACACCUCGAGACCACCCAUCUGCACUGCGAGAUAUCUCGUUAAAAGCGUUAAUCUGUCAGUACCGGGUGGCUAGAUAUUUUGUCUAUGGUAGCGAAAGGGUUAAUUAGGGGAUAUUUUACGCGUAGAACGAGGAUGCGAGUGGUCAAGAUUUUGAGAGAUUGACAGGAGCGCGUGGUAGGGAGAGAAAGGAAGAGAGCGAUGUUAGAAAGAACGCGAGAGUGACAGUUUAGAUAUUUUAGCAAUAUCGUAAACAAAACUUCUUCAUAUAUACGAAAACGAAACUGAUAACCCAGUUAAUUUAGAUUUGUAUAUAGACUCUAAAUCUCUUUAUUUCAAAUAAUAAUGGAUGCAAUUAUUUGAAGAGGCACCGAUAAUUUUCUCGUCUUUUCUUCUAUGGAAUUCCCAUUGGUCCGUUUCAAUUAAUUCUCACAAAAGCUUUAGCAGCGUGUCUAGCGCAAACGAUUACGUUCAUCAUCUAUUUCAAACGCGUUACGCGAUUAUAUAUUUAUAUAGAAUCAAGAAGUAAAAAAUUAUGUAACCAAGUCAAUGUGCCUGUUUAACAAUUAAUCAUAUUUAACAAUUUAUAUUUACUGCUAACUAGGGGGAGAAAAUAAAGAGGAAGAAAAUCUUUGAAUGAAGUAGCAGCGAGGUUCGCAGUAAACUGUAGUUUAGAAAUUACGAUCGGUGUCGUGUCGAUUACACACGCAAUACAAAAUUAUAAUAAUUGAAGCAAGCACAUUUGCGCUCCUACGUGCGUAUAUGUAUGUAUAUAUGUGUAUGUAUGCUUCCGCAGUAAAUCGUGUCGCGUAGAAAAAGAGUCUUUCUACGAGAGAAACAAAACGGUCAUAUCGGUAGAUUUUUCGCGCUCUAUAUUUAAAUAAAAAGGAACACACGUUCGUCUGUAUGUAUAGAGACACGUAUUUUUUUCCUCGCGCGAAUCGGUACGUGCACAAAAACUCAAGUUAGAAGAGAGGGAGUGUAUGGUGGUCACAGUCAUUUUAUCAUGCUUAAUAUUUUUUCAUAGAUACACGUUGUUAGAUGAACCAUAGGCGAGGGAGACACGCUGGCUUCAGUCAAGUUUUUCGUUUCUUUGUCUUCAUCCAAAGAGCAAGUCUUGACUGACGAUAGGUAGAAUAUCCGUAACGUUAGCAUAAGACUGUAACUGUCGAUCGUUUCGAUUAAUCAUCUUAUGUAAUCUAUAUGUACAUGUACCUUGUUUUAUUAUUUACGUCGAGGCAUACGUGAAAAGUAUUUGGAUAGUGGAUUCGUUAAGCGGUCUCAUACGGAGCUUGAUUUGAUUAUCGGUUAACUCCCUAACAAAUAUGUAGGGUUUACUUAUCCUCUUUGGUGUUAUUACUAAUUAACAAAGCUUUCUGGGUUUAGAACGUAUACGCAACUGUACACGGCGGUGGUCCUAGGUGGUUAGUUUCUCGAUUUAUUAGGUCGUAGAUCGUCAGUCAGUACCAAGCUCAUCUUUAACACGUAGUCAUUGUUAUAUGCGUCGUAAUAACACGUUUUACGCUGUGUAUGUGGUUACAUGAGUAAGCACCGUCGAUUGACGAUUAUUAUCUAAAUAACAGUAGAUACCGGAAGCUAUUAGGAGUGCAAGAAAAUGAUAUUUUUUCCUUUUCUUCUCGGACACCAUAAUUGUAACCAUGGUUCUAGUUGUGAUAUUUUAUUAAUUAAUAGGAUCAAUUAUUAGUCGUUUGACGAAUUUAUUUUAGCGUUUGGGAGGAGCUAGUACCAGGCAUGUUAUCCUUACCAAGUGUUCCGUCGAGUCACUUCCAAUUGGAAUGACUCGACGUUACCUUAGACGCUCGCCGUUCCAACUUUCAAAUUCUUCAACGAUUCUUAUUUAGGGUUUCCGUUCGUUUAGAGUUUACGGUUUCGCUUCGAGUGGCACGAUGAUAGAAUUAGAUGAGACGUUUGUGAUAGAUUCCUUACCUUCCACAUUUUUCAAGAAAUCUGCUGAGUCGAGAGGAUCUUUCUAGCGUAGAUGCUUUAUGCAUUGUUGAACGCGAGCGUAACAGUUACCUCUUCCUCUCGGGUGACGCGAAGAAUAAAAUGCAGACUCGUAUACACUUAUACAAAAAGUAAUUAUAGCCACGUGAACACACUCGGAGCAUAUGAUAAGAGAAUACAGUUAUUUUAAUCGUUUCUAAAUUUGUACAUACGUUUCUUACUGUAUCAGGGCAGGGCGAAAUCGAAGUGAUUUCUUAGUGUAGUGCCUAAAAUGUUAAUGAGAUUGUGUCCAAUAUUAGAAUUAUUUAUCUCUGAACGUAGUCCGAGUUCGCGUAUAGGAAACUCGGUUCGAAUUCGUUCGGGGAGCUGAAGGAAAAUUGUACAGGAGGACCAGGAUCCGGUUUUUCUAUACGCGUACUCGCAAUCACGAGAGAAGAGAGACGUUCGUCGAAGGACGAUUAAAUGGCCAGGGAAAACAAAGGAAAAGGGGGUAGCAGGAGAGAAAGAAAGAGUGGAAGAAAUGGAAUUAUAGGAACAUCCAGAGAGAGGAUUAGAUUUUUUGUGGACUUAAAAUUUAAUGUUCAUCGCGUUGUAUGGAUAGUUCGUAUAUAAAAUUCUAUAUAUAUACAUUAUCACUGUAAAACAAAAAUAACUGACUUUUUGCGAGGAAUUAGAUAGGGCAUAGUUAUAAAUAUAGGAGAGAAUAACAUAUUUUUGGAGUUACUAAUAGAGAAUCGAUAUUGUGUUGUGCUCCGCGGGUUAUUAAAAGUUGUCUGUCUUCUUACGUUCUUUGGUAUUCAAAUCGUCGGAUUGCUCAUCAAGAUCGGACCACAUUUACUAUUUCUAAAGAGAACCGAGAUGAAAAUCCAGCGUGUGUCAUCGAUGUAUGUAUUUCCUACGUGCGCGUAUGUAUGAUAUACAACAUAUUUGUCACAAGUUUCGGUACGUCGUUAGUUUUGCUCACGACCAACGCACGCUGACGUUUUGUCGCGCGCGUGUGGUCACCUAUAACAGAUAAUAUACCAGAGGAAACGCAAUCGAGUCCGUAGUUUUUUUAAUUCGUCCCGCAAUCGAGACGAGAAAUCAUUUUUUUUCUUGUAGUGUAAAUGAAGUCCGAUUAGGUAAGCAAGAAUUAAAAAAAGAAACAACAGAUCCGCGCAAUUAGGGUAAAAUCGACGGUUCAACGUAUUUGACUGUUCUUCGAUGUUCUUAAAUGUUCACUAUUAUACUAUGGUAAAAUGUCGCAAAAUAAUUAUUACUAAACGGUAGUACUUGUAUCAUACGUUUUUCGUCGACUUACGCAUAAUGCUGUACGAGUAAGGAAUAAUCGUAGAUAGUUUUUAACAAAAGGAACGGGGGAAAAAAAAAAGAAAAUAAAAAAUGGGGUGAAACGGGGAGGGAUAAAACAUUCGUGCAAACACAUCACUGCUGCUUUUAGACGUCGUUAUAUCGUUAACAAUUUUUCUCAUCUUUAACGGGGUGACGGAGUUAGAUCGAUAUUUGUAAUUAGAGACACCUUGGUAUACCUAGAUGGAUUAGUCCUUGCUGUGGAAGAAAGUAGACAAAUUUCGUGGGUGUUUCGAUGUUCGUACGUACUAUUUCGAGGGUCAGAGUACUUUUCAAAGUUGAACGGUUUUCUUUUUGAUUGCUUUCGUUCGCUUCGCAUAUCACUCGUUUAUUCGAUCGGUUCUUUCAAACGUCUAUAGAUCCGUCGUAUCGCCGUUGGUCGCUUGUCCUUCGCCGUUCUCCAUUCGCGCGAAAGUCUAAUUUCCCGUUCGGGCAUCGGUGACUGAAACGCCCAAGGAAGAAAUAGAAUAACGGAUCGUAAACGAAAGUAAAAACAGGUCUAUUUAAGCUUGUAACUUAUAGAAAUUUGUACGAUCGUACGGAUAAACCGAACGCCGUGUCACGGAUAAACCUAUCACUCUAAUGACUAUACUACAUAUUUAUACUGAAUACGAAUGCUCGUCUUUUGUGUAUUUUAAUUGUACUGAUAGUAUGAUAGUAAUAGCGCCAUUUACAUUAUCGGUAACAAUCGCUCUAACGUCGUUAUAUGGUCACAAUGUUUCGUUUCAUCUAUUUACGUACGGGCUACAACGUGCAUAUUCUAUUUUCUAACGCGGUUCUUCGAUCUUCACGUCCUCGAUCCAAACUCGUUCGGACACUUAAUCAGAUUUUAAUCUGUUCGUCAUCAUCCGUAGAACUUGUUCUUCGGACGAGCCAAAAUUCAUCAAGAUGUAUCUCAUUCCUUCUUUCUCGCUCAAUACUCGGAGCCUUUUUCCGCAAGGAAUAUUUUUAGCAUUGCCUUAUCGAUUUGUAUGAUAAUCACAGAAACACGAGUACACACACAAACACACACACACAGACAUGGUUCACGUGUAGAGAGUAUCAGUUGCUCGUGCCGUCGAUUAAUAAUUACUGUUUGCCAAACCUCCUUAUCCUAUAGGUAAAGGAUACAGCUGUAUAAAUAUGUAUAAAUUAUCGUCGCCACGAGCGCUCGAAUUUAUAAUCGUCCUCCAAUUGUAUUUGAAUCUAAUCGUAUCCAAAUCCCAUCACCUUCGAGAAUUCGAGAAAUACGAAUAUAAAUUCGAGCGCGCGUGGACUCUUCGUACGACCAUGCAUUCAGCAACAUAGCGACCCCAGUUGAUCGCCGAUCCGCGGCGAGUGUAAAGUAAAAAUUUCUAAAUGGCGGUAUUUAGCGUAGUAAAAAAUUAAGCAAACAAAAUAACAGUAAAAAGUAAAAAAAGAGUGACAAGAACCGGAGAUAAGGCGUUUUUUAAGCUUUCGCAGGAAGUCUGUCUCAAAGUAUUAAAACUCUCAGGCUGCGCCGAUUGUCUUUGCCGCGUGCGUAUAUCGUGUACGACGAUCGCGAAGUCGUCGAGCAAGAACAAAAGUAAAGGGAAUAACGAAUGAAUGAAUGGUGUUCAACCGAUAUCCGGGCGAGAGAAUCUUUCGAGUCCGUUCGUUCCUCAAAGGCUUGAACGGUCCGAAGAGAUGCUUAUACCUUUGAAAGCUGACGGAAGAAGAAGAACAGCUGUUCUUCUUCCUCGUAUGAUUUUCGAGAGAAAAAGUGAUCGAACUUCGUAGCUCAACGCGUGGCCUGUUUAAAAACGAUAGAUGACCCAGCGUCUGAAGGCGGAUGGAUGUUUCUUUACUAGUAGAGCGUGCCUUAUAUAUGUAUAUCGUGGGGAUCCGCGCAGGAUCCCUUUUCUCUGGAUUUUGUUCUCGACCGGACUAAUUGUUUCCCAGAAGCAAGUUGCGAUCGUCCUCGCCCUCAAGCGAUUCGAAGUGACGCUCCGGGUAUCUCGCUGAACACCGCUUCUCUCUUUGUAUGUACAUAAAUAUGAAUAUAUACCUAUACCUAGAAUACAAGUAUAUAUACACGCAUAUACAUAUUGUGUAUACGUAUACAUAAUAUAUAUAUACGAGAUUGUAUGUAAUGUAAAAGGCAGGAGGCAAGGGAGAACGAGAAAUUGAGAUGCUUGCGCGUGCGGCGAAUUAUUUCAGAGGCCGACCAGAGUACAAAGCGUAGGGUUUAGUUUGGCUCCGGAAAUAGUUCGCGCACGAACACGGAUUAUGUGAGUCGAAUGUCGUCGUCGAGUUGAACAGCUUUUACAUUCACGCGAGAACCAUUGUACACCGGCGAUCCGAAAUUUGAAGCGAUAGAGCAAGAAGUAAAAUCGUCACGGUCCCCGGAGGGUCGUCGAAUCGAUCGACCGCGAGGUCCUCUUCCCCAUCCUUUGGCUUCUCUUGACAAUAAAACGGUUCGUUGAAGAGAGCAAUCGGAAACGAGCGACAACCGUGAAUCAAUCAGCAGACAAAUCAAAAGUACCUACUUAGACCUUAAAUUGCACCGCGUCGAAUUUCGAAAGUUUCCUCUUAUCACGGUCGAUCGAUCUCGCUCUGUAGCUGGACACCGCAACGGUGGACACGCAGAAAUCGAGAAUUGCUAUAUCGUCCGGACAGUCCUACUCUUACCGUUCUCUUGUUUUUCUCAAUGGCGAUAGUGAUCGAUCGAUGACGACUUACUUAAUAGAACGUUUCUCAAUUUUUUUAAGCCGCGCACCGGCAUUCGGGCGCAUAUAUCCUGGGGGCAAGAAGUCUAUUUGAUAUUUAUAUUUUAAUAUACACGGACCGAUUAUAUUUAGUGUAUUGUAAUUAUUAAUGUUAAUUGGAAACCUCAGAGGCUGCUCGUGCACCGAUGCUACAUGGAAUUAUUGACAAACUGAAAAGCAAGUGGACGGGAAGGGAGCGAAAUCGGUGAGCGAAGCGUGUAGGUCGAUGGACGAGCAGUCUGCGAAGGCAGGAACCACGAUUUUCUGUAUAUUACUGUAGUAUAAUAAUCAAACACUAAAGACUAAUGCUUAAGGUGAUCGACGUGAGCUUUGAAGCCGUCGUAACUGUAAUCGAGGAAUUAAGGUAUACAAGCCAGACGCGCAAGCCAGACGCAAAGCAGACGGAAAACGAAUAAAGGAAACAUAAUAAUAAUAAAUGUGCGAAUUAACAGAGAGAGGGUAUGAGAGAGAGUGAGAGUGAGAGAGAGAGAGAGAGAGAGAGAAAGGUACACGCAGCGGUACAGGCGUUACUGUGUUUUUAAAUGAUUAAUAAAAUGCUGAUGUCCGUGUAUUCCGCUCGGACACACUUUUUCAACUAAGUUCACUGUCUUCUCACGAUUAUGUUCUUUCAUCAAAAUCGUUUCCUUCUUUUAAUUGCGUCACUCUACGCGCCCGUCUAUCCCCAAACCUUUCAUUCGCAUAAUCAUUUUCGACGAUCGACAUACGAAACGUGUCGUUCGUAUUCUCGGCUCUCAGGAAUUAAACGCAUACCGGGUAUCGCUGUCACCGGUUCCACUUCUUGCAUUCGUUUAGCAGUUCUUACGCGUGCUAUUACAACAGGAAGAGAUCGAGAACCCAGUCGCGUUUCGAGCUGACACAGAGAAAAGAAAGCCGGGAAAAGAAACUGGACUCGCUUCGACAAUACGUACCGAAUCGGAGAGAGUUCGUUACGUGUGUAAUUACGUACCUGUUAUUACUUAAGCACACAAUCAAACGUUUCGAGCAACAACAAAAAAAAAACAGAGAUAGAAAGAAAAAGAAAAUGGAACAUUUGAUCAAAAGAGCCUCGUGUUCGUGUAAAAAGUAGUUGAAGUCUCGUCAGGGGGGAGAAGCGGAGACGGAGGAAACGAAACGUCCCUUUUUAUAUCUUGCAAGUUCACUUGAACGAGUAAUUCUAAUCGGAGCGCGUGUCCGCGAAACUGUUCAUUCUCCGCUCUGUGUGUAAUUUUAUCGCUUUUAGCGCACGUGUAGCUGCCGUAGAUUUUUACUCUCGAGGCUCGCGCGUUAGACCGUUUAAAAUUGUAAUCGCAUCGAUCGAAUAAUCGUGUAUUCUUCUAUGUAAGUUUCUCGUAGCGUUCCGACCGAAUGUGUUAGAGAUUAAGAAUAAUUACAAACAGUCCUAAGUUAAUUGACCAAAACGGACUAACGUUAUCUUCCAGAUAAAAUAGCUGCGAUAAGACGUUCGACAUUUUCGGUGAGAUUCGAGAGGCGUUAACGUGAACUCAAUUCAAUCGACUAAACUUUCAUUCUCACGUCGUUGCUAAAUCUUCAGGAACGAAACGAUCACGAUUGCAUCGCGAAUUACACUAUUCCUCUCUUGAAAAAAAAAAA